AUGCUGCAGCUGCUGCUUCACGUGCUGUGCAAGCCGCUCCCGCUGCAGCAGCUGUUUCAUCCGGGGCGUGCAGGCGAUGCUGCGGCUGAUCUUGGCCACCUCCAGGACUUCAGCUUCAGCAACACGCGUUUGUUUCAUCGCCUCGGCCUCCUGUACAGCAGCAGCAGCAGCAUCGACUGCAGCCGCUACAGAACCCCUCCCGCUGCUGCUGGCAUUCCUGUUUGUCGUGCUGCUGAAGCUGGAGGCCAUACAGCAGCGGACGCAGACCAUAGCAGCAUGCUGCUGCUGUUGAAGAAUCUGAAUCUCACUGCUGCGGCGCUUGCCGCUCUAGAAGCUGCCGAUGCGUCUAGUGCUGCGGGUUUCUCCGCACAAGCAGGCGCAGCAGGUGCUGCUGGGAUCGGCGGACUGCAGCAACAGCUCCGGCUGCAGCAGGAGCUGCCGCCGCUGCAGCAGCAGCAGCAGCAUCAGCGAGAACCGCAGUCACAACAGCUGCAGCUGCAACAAGCGCUACAGACACGUGAUCUUCAACAGGAGGAACUGCACCAGCACCAGAGGCAGCAGGAGCAGCAGGCUUACCGGCAGGAGCAGGAGCAGCACCAGCAGGAGCUCCAACAAACCCGUCGGCGACAACAGCAGCAGGAGGGCCUCUAUCAGCAGCAAGUGUCCGAAGAACAGCACCAGCAGCCGCAGCCGCAGCAAGCGGGGUUUGAGCAGGAGCACGAAGAGCAACUACUACAGGGACAGCACCAGCGGCUGCUGCAAUUGCUUCGUUCAGGCGCCUACAGCAGAUUCACCUCCUACAUCAACUACAGCAACCCCAGCAAGUGGAGCUUCUGCAGCAAGCACAGCAGUAUCUGGGAGUGCAGCAAGACAGCAGUUGCAGCGGCUGCUCCAAAUUCGGCAGUUGCAGCAGCAACAACAGCGAGACAUGCUGCAGCGGCAGCAAGAGCCAGCAAACGAGCAGUUGCUGAGACAGCAGGUCGUAGCACCGCCUGGCUUUUCGCCGAGUCCGCGUGGUCCUCUAGAGGCCCACCUGCAGCUGUGGAACAACUAGUCAGCGUACAAGCGGCGUGCAACAGGAGCAACGGCAGCAACAGGAGCAGCAGCAGCCUGUUCAGAGAGAAGAAGGUGUUCACGGAAGCAGAAGUGCUGCAGAUGCUAACAGCUGCCCGCAGGGGAACGUCGGCGAUAGGGGACCUGUUCCUUCAAUGCGGCUGCAGCAGCAGACCUGUGCCCGUCUAUGACACAGCAGCAGCCGGCCCCUCCAACUUCUACAGCGGCUCCAACAGCAGCAGCAGCUGCAGAUACUUCAGCAACAACAGCAACUUCCACAGCAGCAGCAGCAGGACGCGCAGGGGCAGCUGCAGCAGGAGGCGGCUUACCUCCCAGCACCGCCAACAGACGCCACAGACAGUACGAGCAGCAGCUCAGGCACGGCAUGAGCAGACGCUGCAGCGCCAGCAGCAGUACACACAGCAGCCUCAGGAAAUAAGGAAUCUACAAAUGCAGCACCAGCAACAGUCUGCUGAUCUGUGGGCGUCCCGCAGCAGAAUAUCCCGACCAGCGCGUGCGGGAAAGCAUGUACUCAAGCAGAGAGAUGACACCGGAAGACCGCACAAGAUGGCAGCAGCAGCAGCAGCUGCUGCAGCAGCUGCGGCCGCUGCAGCAGCCCUCCGCGCGAUCUUCGAGCCCACCGUACCACCAGCGUCCAGGUCUCCCACUGCAGCAGCAGCAGCAGACCGAGCAACGACGAGAAGGGCAGCAGAGCAACAGCUCCUGCCGUCCUGGACUAGCAGGGAGGAACUGCAGCGACUCGGGGCCAGAGGGAUCAACGCGAGGCGGAGGAGGAGGCGGAGGAGGUACAACAACACCUGUAACAAGAGGAAAGGGGGCCCCCCUGAGAGGAGCUGGAGGUAUGCGGACAGCGGGGAAAGCAACAGGAGACGCGAAGACAGCGGGAGCUGCAGCAGCAGGAGCAGGAGGGGCAGCACCUCCUGCACCGAGAGAGGCAGCAGCAGCAGGAGAGGCACAGCAGCAGGAACAAGAGUUUUUCACGGGUCUCCUCCUCCAUAUACUGCUUUCUCCGCAGCUUCAGCAGGAGAAUGUGUACAGGCUUCACCAGCCAUCCUGCAAUACUCCGGACAUCCAGCCGUCUGGAGCGAAAGGGAGAGUAACAAGCAUAAGAAGAGAAAGCUUCACGGCGGCAUCGGGAUUACCGUUGUUGAUGGCGACACACGCAUGCACCGCUGCUGCUGGCAGCCUCACACUUCAAGAAGCUACGAACCUGCUGGAGCCGCUGCAGUCCCGACAGCCUUCUGCUUCUUCAGAGAGAGAACGUUCAUCUACACAUGA